UUAUUUCGCCGAUUCCAAGAUGAGUGAACGGUUUUUUGUUGUCAAAUAUUUUUUAUAAAAAUAAAUAUUUAAUAUUAAUUUGCUUAGUAGAAAGAAUAACCCUAUUUUAACCAGAAUUAAGGAGUAAAAAGUUCGGGUGUGAAGUUUUGUGUUAUUUACAUUGAGUUAUUAUAGUUUUCAAUCUUGUUUUGUGGCUUCAUUGUUUGGACCCUCUCGGCUCAGCAAGAAAGAGGUCUAGGCUCCCGAGUUUGUUCGCGUGAUGUCAUGACUACGGUGCUAUAAUCAAGAGACUGAUAACUUAAGAAGGGGGACACCUGGCAAGACUGACUGGCGCCUAUGAUGACAUAGCCCGAAGAUGUCUAAGGUGCUGAGCGCGCUUGGUGGUGCGCUGCCAGAUGAGCGGCCCCUGCUCUCCUUACAGAUUGCGGAGACGGUGGCCAAGUGCCCUACAGGGUACUGGCCCGUCAGCAGGACUUACGAUGAAGAUGCUGACGCGGGGCUGUUGCGCCAAAAUGGCUUGUUCGGCAAGAAACCAAGCCAUUACAUUUGUUUGUCCAAGUCCGAGGGUGUACCUGGAUACGUGAUGGACGGCGUAGUGAUAGUUGGGGAGCGGGAGGCAGCACCGCCAGGAUACAGCGUGGCGGGGCGCGCUGGCAAGCGGCGGCUGUGCACGCGCGUCUCCCGGCCUGCUGCAGCCCACGCUUACCCCCCAGUUACAGACAUCAUCGUCUGCUCCAAGAUGAGGCAGGCCCCGCAGGGGUUUAUACUCGCCGGUGAAAUAAACGGCAAGAUGGUGUGCUACAAAGUGAGCGGGGGCAGCGCGGACAACUCGCCCACACACAACGAGUACGAAAACGUGGUCACUAACAUCACGCCUGAAGCUAACAGGAGGUUGCGUGUACCAGAACGGCCACCAAAGCUAUCGCCUCUAGUCUCAGAGCUGAACAACUUGAAUCUCAAGCAGUCGCCGACCGCGUAUCCUAACAUCGAGGAGUUUACCACCGACCACGAUUACGAAGCACUAAGUCCCUCAUACAACAUCAAGCCCAGCCGGCCGGCGCCGCGGCCUCCCUCAGCGAAGUCUCCGAUCCCGCAUGGGAGCCCCGCUGGACCGACGUCUCCUGUAGCACAUGGUCGAAAGAAAGGCCCCGCACCGCUACCAAGAAACACCAUGUAUCAGACGCUGGGAGGCUACAACGGGAUGGAAGGAGUGCCAUUUGUAUUAAACCCUAAGUUGAGAGGGUUGCCUAGUGAUCAUGUGACACAGUUGCCCGUUAUAAAGCGGCGCACGCGUUUCGAUCUCGACCGCGACUAUACCUAUAAUUUCAGCGUGGAGCGACAAACGUGAGACGACGCGAAACAAACCAUAAUGCCAUAUACAUAAGGUAUAGUAUACUUGUUCAACGUAGAUAUCAAAUGACCUUACCCUGCGUAUAGCGAUCGAGAACAUUGGAUGUAAUAGAAAUACGUUAAUAUAAACUAAGUCACUCCUUUACAAGUUGAAAUAAAUUUGGCGAAUAUUCUAGAAAAUCUGCUCAACGAAUGUUGGUUCCGCAACUAGUUUAUUGUGUUCCUACGUGUUCAUCCCUCAACCCCAUAGGCCAUAGAUAGUUGCCACUGUAUAGUAAACACAUGAAUUGUUAAAGUUGAUAAUGGAGUUUCUAUACCUAGGGCUUGAAAUGAGUUCUGCUUUGUCUAUAAGUAGACUCUUGUCUGUUUCAAUGUUAAUCUUUUCUUCGAGAAAAGUAAUAAAAUAAUUAUAUUUAGGACAUUGCAUCCCAUCUCCAAUAGAUUAUAUACGUUUGAUGAUUGACAAGACAAGGAACUCCUUGACAGAUAUUAAAAAUGUUGCCAGCACUUAAAAAAAAACCUCACGGUAGAAUUGAAAUCUUGUAAAUCAUGACAUUAUAAAUUGGUUGUGUUUGUAAAUGUGACGUUUCUGAGUCAGUCGGCUCAACGUUAGGACUGACGAAUUUGAUUAUAAUUAUGAUUAUAGCAAUUCGUUUACAUAUCCCCUUUUUGUAUAUUAUAAAUGUGAUGGCUCGGAUACGGGAGACUCGAUCUUUAAUAUGAGGUUAUAAAGGAAAAUUUAACAUUACUUGCUAAAGUUUGCCAGAUAAAUUCGUACAAAAUUACGAUGACAAUGCUUUAUUAAAUUGGAAAUAUACUACCGAAGUAUGGAUAUAAACCGAGUAUUAAUAUCUAUUGUCUCCUGUUUCCUAGCAUUUAGCGUGUUGACCCUGAGGCCUUGAUCGCGUGUCGAUGUGUAGUUAUAGACUUACAGAGUUCUAGCGCGGAACAAUGAACAUACCAUGUAAAUGCUUGUCAAUUAUGAAGACAAUCUAACUAAACAAGGUUCUCCAGACUAAUUGACUCAAUAAUACAAAACAAUUUUACUUCCCAUACCGACCAAUUUUCUAUUGAAACCGUGCUAGAGCUCUUUAUUGAUUGUCAUGUGUCGAUAAACGGUGUAUGAUGAUUGCUGAAGCAAUGAGAGUGAAUUUGUGAAAAUAUAAUAAUUAUUAUUCUUAAAUUUCACACAACAAAAUAUUGUUUAUAAAUAUUGAUAUGUAUAAAACAUUUAUUGGUCAAAGAUUAUUAUAAUUAAAUGACUGAAAAUUUGCACACAUUUAAAUAUUGUAAAGAAAGGUUUCGUGUAAAAAUUUUAGGAAAUUAUUAAUUGGUAUAGUAAACGUAGUAGAACUUUUAGUUUAAAAUGUGUAAUAUGAUCCUUUUUAACGUAAUUCUUUCAUCGCAUGGGCGCCGGCAGUAAGGUGCAAAAGGGUGCUUUACUUCGCCAAGUUAAACUUUUUCCAGGUUAUAAACAUUAUGUUUAUGCGCUUUCAAGUUGUAACUUUUGAAGAGGUCCUCCCUUAGUAUACAGGUUAACAACAUUAAACUGCACGUCAUAGGAUAUACAAGCAAUAUUGACACAUAGCAACAUGAAAUUAUUCGAGACUUAAUCCUAUAAUAGGAGGAAUGCUUUUUUUACAAUCUCGAACAGGUUUUGCCACAUACUCCAGUGUACAAUAGUAAAAUGUAAUUGUAAUUGACUGGUUUGAUUCUAGCCCAUUAGUGAAAAUUAAUAUGAAUACAUCCUAUGUCGUUGGAACAUGCAACUGUGUUUGUAAGCCUGUAUCUAUGAAUGGAGCUGCACUUUUAUUUUUCAAACCAAUAUACCGGUUGUAUAAUGUUCUUUUGUGAUUCCCAGUGUUCAUUACGCUGGUAGGUACACUGUUGACGAAUGGUAACUAUUUACAAAGUAGCGUGUAAUGAAAUGUGCCAAUGCGAGUACAAAGCGUAGGUCUGGUUACCGGCCGCUCCGCCAGCCAACUCGACUAGUCAAACAGAACGAAUUUGUUUUACUUGCACCAAUUUAUCGACUGACGUCAUAUUACCAUACGCUCAUUUGUGUAUACAAUUUUUAUGGCAACCCCAAGUCAAUUUUUAGACGGAAUUAAUUUUGUAUCGCUUCCCUAGGUAUUGUCAGCUUACAUGUUUAAGUUGUUUUAGACAAUAACCCGGGAAGUAUCAGUAAACACGGUUAUGAAAAGUUGUGAAUGAUUUAUAAGAUCCCUACUUUAGUGUAAUUUAGACCUUCAUAACAAUGUAUUAUGUUUUUAGGUUACUUUCAAUUGUUAAUACAGGUUAAUAAUAUAACGAAAUCCAACCGAUGACCAAUGUGGUUGUUGAUUUUCCUCGUGUCUAAAGUAGCACAUAUAUUUAUCUUGAGGAAAUAACUGGUGCAGAAGGCAUGCGCGUACGCAAGCUCUUUGUAUGAGAUGUUAACAUGAGUUACGUACCCUGUGGGGUUACGUCCUAGGUUUAAGGUCACUGCGCAGCGUGCACUGCCGGUCCUGCCGCGCAGUGUCGGUGCGCGAUGGCGGUAACAUACGGUCCAGUUUGCACUAUUGUUUGUCAAUUUGUUGUACAUAUCUUAGCGUAUUGUGUUCGCACGACUGUUAUUUAUUAACUCGAUAAAUAGCUUUACUUGCUUUGUAUUCAAAUUAUUUUGUUUGACUACCCAUUACUAGCCUGUAAAGAGAUUCUGUAAUGCAAUUUUAAAGUAAAUAUUAGACCUGUUUCUAGAUAAACUUGUUGUAGAUUGGAGAUGUCAGAAUAGUAUUGUUUUUGUCUCAAAUCCUAUUUGUUUUACUCAAAUAUUUAUUAGUGAUAUUGUAAAUAAUUUAUGUAUAAUGCAAUUAGAAAAAUAGUACGCUUUUUUACACCUUAGACAUGUAUUUCAUCUGAUAAUUUGUUUAGAAUUACUAUGAAGAAAUAAAAAUUAAAUUAUUGACUGAUUA